CCUCUCUGUCUCUCAAUCUCUCAAAGCGGAAUCCUAACUCGCAGCCUCAGGCGCGCAGCCCUGUCUGCCUCGCUCUGUCUCUCAAUCUCUGGAAGGACUGCAGGAGUCGCAACCCUCUCCACGCAGCCCUCUCGCCGGUUGCCGCUCAAGCGCUCACUGCCUCACGCCCUCGCUCCUCGCCGAGUCGCCGGUCGCCGCUCAGCCUCACCGCCUCACCCAUCUCAAACUCUUGGUUCUUCACUUCUUCCAAGUUCCAACUCUCAAGGUGUUUCUCCUGACCCCAGAAUCCAAGUCUCCAGGCUCCAAAAUUUCAAGAAUCUAUUCAAGCCCAACAAAGAACAUGCGCGAAGAUCUCCCCUGAAGAGGAAAUCAUGGCGGAUUUGAAGAGCAGAGGCAAGGAGGGAGCCAAGGGAGACAGAGGCAAGAGGAGGAAGUUCAGUCGUGGGAAGGGUUCUAACAAAGAUGAGAGGGGAAAGAGAAGGCAUGGGCCGGGCUUGCCCAAUGUUCUCCGAAAGCAGAUUGCUCUUCAAGACGCGUCGGACUCUGAUGCUUCCGACUCUGAUGUCGCCGCUGGUGAUGUGUACGAGUACGAACAAGGUUUUGCCGAGGAGGAAUCUAAGAAGAACAAACGAUAUGAUCCUGUGGAGAAUUACUUAAGUGAGCUACAUGAACUUCCUGAAGACUUCAAGGAUGAGAAUGUGACGUCUGAGGAUGAAGACUAUGAAGAUGAUGAAAAUAAUCAAGACAGAGAUGAUUUUGAGGAGGAUGCUGAUGAAAGACAUUCACGGAUGUUGCAGGAAAUAACUGGCCUGCCCGGUGAUGCCUUUGUAGGUAAGAAGAAGAGAAGUGAUGCUAUAGUAUCCGAGGCAUAUCCAGAGUCUGAAUAUAAUCCCAGUCGGGAUAUUCUGGAGGGUGAUGGCCGCAUUAGUAUUCAAGAUCUUCUGGACCCACUCCAGGGGAAGUCAGGCUUUAGCAAACUAAGGAAGAACAUACAAAGAAUGGAGAACAAGUCCAUGUCCAUUAAUGCACCUCUCCCUAGACCAGAUCAAGAGAGAUUGGAACGAAAAGCUGCUUAUGAACAAUCCAAAAAGGAUAUUACAAAGUGGGAACCAUUGGUCAAGAGAAACAGAGAAGCAUCAACUAUCUAUUUUGAUGAAGAUAUAGACUUGGGAUUUUCUACUGUAGGUGCAUUAGCUGCUGAAUUUGAACCAAGAACAGAAUUUGAAAAGAAAAUUGCUUCUUUGGUUGGUGAUAGUGAAAUAGUGGAUGCUCAUAGAAAAGAUGGUGCAAGACUUCUUGAACUAAAUGAGAUAAGCAUUGAAGAUGUAAAGGACCGCCAAAAUCAACUAGCUAAAAUGCGCAGCCUUCUUUUUCGCCAUGAAAUGAAAGCAAAACGACUUAAAAAUAUAAAGUCCAAAACAUAUCACCGAUUGUUGAAGAAAGACAGAUUGAAAGCAACAACUUUUGCUGAAACAGAUCCUGAAGCUGCUAAAGAAUUGGCAAUGAAACAAGAAUUCAAAAGGGCUGAGGAACGGAUGACUUUGAAACACAAGAAUAAAUCCAAAUGGGCACAACGCAUCUUAAAACGUGGUUUGGAUGUCCAAGAUGAAGGAACUCGUGCUGCUUUGGCUGAGCAACUGAAUCAACAUGCUCUUUUAACUAGGAAGAUGAACUCUAUGAAAGAGGGUAAUAGUAGUGACGAGAGCAGUGAUGAAGAUGACAUUGAUGAGAUUUCAGCUGAUUCGGAUGGGGAUGUUGCGACUAAAUUGUUGAAUAAAGCCAAGGACAAGACACUUAAAGUACUUGAAGAGGAUGAAGAAUUGCCUACUACAGGAGUGUUGUCUUUACCUUUUAUGGCCCGCAGCUUGAAAAAGAGGAAGGAGGAAGCUGAUGAAGAAGCAAAGGUUGCUCUUCAGCAGUAUGAAGUAUCACUGAAUGAGUUGAAGGACAAAAAUGUUGCUGAAACUCAAGAAAAGAAUGUGUUGAGUGGUAGGAGGGUCUUUGGGGCUUCCAAGAAACAGGUUCAACAGCCUAGUGAUAAGACGAAGUCAGACAAUUAUUAUGGUGACAGUGAUAGUGAAGGCGUGGAUGCUGAUGAAGCAAAAGAUGAGGGGUUUGGCAAAAAUAAGACUUCUCAAGUGGAAGUUUCUUUUGAUCCUAAUGUACUUCGUGAAGAGUCUGAGAUUGAUCAUUAUUCCAUUUUUAAGAGUUUUGAGGACAUUACUAAAGACCCUGGGCCCAAGACCACAUAUGAAGUUGCUAUUAUGGCACCUAAGGAAAAGAAAAAGCAGAUGAAACACUUAUCAGAUAAUAAUGAGAAGAGAAUCACCAAGAGUGCCUCUGUUGCUGACUCUAAAGGGAUUACACAAUCUGCAGUGCAUGACAGUGAUGCAGAGGAAAUGGAUGAUGUGAGUGAUUCAGAUAGCGGAGGGCAAAUGAUUGAUGGGAUGUUGUCGUCUGGGGUUAAGUCAAGUUAUGAACUCCCAUCUCAGGAAGAACUUAUCCGGCGUGCUUUUGCAGGUGACGAUGUUGAAGAAGUCUUUGAGAAAGAAAAACAGGAUAUCUUGAAUGAGGAAAAUCCAGAACCUGAAAAGCCAGCUUUACUUCCUGGCUGGGGUCAAUGGACGAAUAUACAGAAAAAGAAAGGUCCACCCUCUUGGAUGCUUGAGCAACAUGAGAAUGCCAGAAUUAAAAGGGAAGAAGCCCUCAAGAAGAGGAAGGAUGCCCGUCUUAAUCAUGUUAUAAUCUCCGAGAAGUGGGAUAAAAAGGCUGAAAAACUACAUACCAAGACAUUGCCUUACCCCUACACAUCCACAGAAGUAUUUGAACAGAGCAUUCGGAUGCCCAUCGGACCAGAGUUCAACCCUGUAACAGCAAUCGGAGCUCUUAAUCGUCCAGAGGUGGUUAAGAAAGCUGGUGUGAUCAUAAAACCUAUUAAAUUUGAGGAUGUGAAUCCUCAUGAAAGAGGUGAGGAGCAUAAGCAUGGUGAACAGAAACGGAAGAGAGGCAAGAGUGGUGGUGGGAGAGCCUCAAGGAAGACUGCCAAGACCAACUAAAACCUACUACUUGCCACUGCUCAAACUUUUAAGCUCAAUUCCAAUUUUUUUUUUUCUGUAUAAUUUUUUUUUUUUUUUUUUUUUUUACACAAUUUUGUAAUGAUUAUGAGGGAAUAAUCGGCCAUAUAUUUCAUUCAAAUUUUGUUCCUCAU